UGCGGCUGCGCGGGCUCUCGGGACUCUGGUUAGCGCGCCUCUGCGGACACUGUGUCUGGCAACCAGCCUUGCUGCCUUGCCAGCGCUCGGGACCCAGGCGUCUCCGCUGGUGUAAGAAGCCGGAGAAGGAGCCGGCACUUCGGUUUGGCUUUAGUUGGAAAAAGAACUUAGCCUAUAUGUACCUCUUUAACCAUUGGAAGAAUGACAGAUGACAAAGAUGUGCUUCGAGAUGUGUGGUUUGGACGAAUUCCAACUUGCUUCACGCUAUAUCAGGAUGAGAUAACUGAAAGGGAAGCAGAACCAUAUUAUUUGCUUUUGCCAAGAGUAAGUUAUUUGACGUUGGUAACUGACAAAGUGAAAAAGCACUUUCAGAAGGUUAUGAGACAAGAAGACAUUAGUGAGAUAUGGUUUGAAUACGAAGGCACACCACUGAAAUGGCAUUAUCCGAUUGGUUUGCUGUUUGAUCUUCUUGCAUCAAGUUCAGCUCUUCCUUGGAACAUCACAGUACAUUUUAAGAGUUUUCCAGAAAAGGACCUUCUGCACUGUCCAUCUAAAGAUGCAGUUGAAGCUCAUUUUAUGUCUUGUAUGAAAGAAGCUGAUGCUUUAAAGCAUAAAAGUCAAGUAAUCAAUGAAAUGCAGAAAAAAGAUCACAAGCAGCUCUGGAUGGGAUUACAAAAUGACAGAUUUGACCAGUUUUGGGCCAUCAAUCGGAAACUCAUGGAGUAUCCUGCUGAAGAAAAUGGAUUUCGUUACAUUCCUUUUAGAAUAUAUCAGACAACAACUGAACGACCUUUUAUUCAGAAGCUGUUUCGUCCUGUGGCUGCAGAUGGACAGUUGCAUACACUAGGAGAUCUUCUCAGAGAAGUUUGUCCUUCUGCAAUUUCUCCUGAAGAUGGGGAAAAGAAGAAUCAAGUAAUGAUUCAUGGAAUUGAACCAAUGCUGGAAACACCUCUGCAGUGGCUGAGUGAACAUCUGAGCUACCCGGAUAAUUUUCUUCAUAUUAGUAUCAUCCCACAGCCAACAGAUUGAAGGAUCAUCUGUUUGCCUGAAUGGAAUCACCCUUAAACAGGAUUUACCAGAGCAUGUCACCUUUCUGCUUCAGUCAGGUUUGGUGGAGGCAACUUGACCAGAAAGACUUUGCUGCUGCAAGCCAAACAGGAAAAAGAUUCCAUGUCAGAUAAGGGCGAUUGGGCUGGUCUUACUUUGCAUCAGCACUGCUUUCCUCCACUGCCGUCAUUAAACCUCAGCUGCGAAGUGAAAGACUUCACAGGACCACUGCAAGUCUUCUAUUUUCUUGUAAAAUAUAAUGAAGCUGAAACCUUCAGCCUAAGAAGAAAAUGGAAAUAUGUGCCAUCAGUUUGUAUUUCUGAUUAACAAAUAAACAGGGGUAUUUCCUAAGGUGACCAUGGUUGAACUUUAGCUCAAGGGAGUGGAAACAUUGGUUUAAUUUUCAAGAGAAUUAGACUUAAGAAAGUAAAAGAGAAAUUCUGUUAUCAAUAACUUGCAGUAAUUUUUUGUAAAAGAUCAAAUUACAGUAAACCCAUCUUUCCUUAAUGAAAAUUUCCUAUGUUUACAGUCUGUCUAUUGGUAUGCAAACAAUCUUGUAACUUUGAUAAUGAACAGUGAGAGAUUUUUAAAUAAAGCCUGUAAAUAUGUUUUGUCAUUUAAUAACAUACAACUUCGUCACUUUCCAAGUACUGUCUGACUCACAGACAGUAUAUCACUGUUUUUACUUUAUGUGUUACUGUUCAGAUUGGCCAUUAUUGGCAUGGGUAGAUGUAGGGCAUAGGAUAACUUGUCUCAGGAACUGUCAUAGAAUUUCUCAUUGCCAAUUUUAAAAUCUGUUUUCUUUACAUGCGAAAGGUAUAGAUAAUGUUAGUUUUUCUUUGCUGUUUUGUUUACCACUAUAAACCUGUCAAAUCAUAGUAUGGUUAAACAUCUGUAUAAGAUAAUUUUGCAUUUUUGGAAAAAAACAUUCCUUUCCAAGCUAGUGUUUUUUAUUGGCUCCCUGUGGUCCCCUGACAGCCAUCCUUUGAAGUAGAACAGUUACUUAUCUCCUGCCUGCAGUAGCUUUUCCUUAACUUUACCAAAAAUAUUCAGAUGUUACUGGAGCUCUUAUUCAAUAUAAGGAAAUUUUUGCUGCACUCUAUUAUCAAGCUGCUGGGAUUCUACCAGCUAAAGGUAUUUGUGCAUUACAGUGUGUUUCUUGUGAGCUAGCUUGCUGUCCAUAUUGAAUGUCGACCCAUUUGAGUAUGCUAAAAGACUUAUAGUAUCAUACAAUAAUGGUUUUAGAUUCCAUAAUAGAAAUGAACAUUUUUCUUAUAAAAAAUUACCUGAAUGUUGAAGUGAGAUCCUGCUAGUGCUCAUUACUUUCUUUUCUUUUUUAAUUUUCAUUGCUACCUAGCAGAUUUGUUUACAGAAAGAGGAGGUUGUACUUGGUCAAAGAGCAAAUAUUCUGCAUUGGAAAUUAUAGGGCUCAAUCAAAAAGAAAAUCAUGGUACCAAUAUGAGCUGAGAAAAAUAAAAGCAAGUAGAAAAUAUAUCUGGCCAAUGUAAAUAAAUGAAAAAGUGGAAUUUCAGUAAAGGCAGAAAAAAAAAAGUAAUAUCUGAGUUACUUACAGAUAAAAAAAACCCACUGACUUGUAUUUUUGCAGAGAGGUUGGUCUGAAUAUGAUUGUUCACAUUUAGAAGUGCUUACUCUUCUAUUCAGUUUGGGGAUUUUCCCUCUUGAUGUUUUGACAGACUGAAGUGAGCUUCAGAGAGCAAAAGGAUCAAAAUGCCAGGGAGUGCUAAGUUGGGACAAAGAAAGUAUGGUGAGAAUGGUAAGCCAUAGUAGUUUUCCACGGAUGAGACCAGUCAGUGUAAGGUCUCUGCAGUGGGCUUGAGUAAGCUGCUGCUAUUUUCUUCCAGAUUUGAAAGUAAAUUUCGUCAGGCCAUUGCCCAUUCUUACUUGUUCAUUAUUACACAAGCAUUCUAACUGUAUUACUCUAGUCUUCUGGUCCCAGGUAAGUAAAGCCUCCAACACCCAGAGGAAGAAUUAAAGCACAAAUUAGUGCUUGGCUUAACUAUCUAUUUUUAUUUCCUUUUAUUUGAAUAUUUAAAGUUUAUGGUUUAUUAAAAAAUUAAGUAAA